AUGGAAGGAGCCACAGAGGGUGUUCAGGAGGCAAUGGUGAGCGAGGCUCUGGUUCAGUUCAGGGCCACUUUGCAAGCGGCCGUGAGGGAGGUGCACGUGGACGUGAGCGUUUUCAAGCAGCGCAUAGAGCACAGGAUCGAGGAGAUGUGCGUUUCCAACGGACCCUUGGCCGGGGCCGUGACCAGGCUGCAGGAGGAGAACCUGCAGCUCAGGUCAAAGAUGGAGGCCCUCAGCCGCCUGGUGGAGGGUCUCUCCGGGGUGAAGAUCGAGAGGAGUCCUGCCGAAGUGAAGGGGAAGAACGUGGAGAAUGGUAUGGAGAACAACCAGGAGGAGAGCAGAGAGGCCUGGUUUACUCUGAAAGAUCAGAGAACAGCCAGUCAAGGCAUCGAUGCAAAAGGAGAGAAAAAUGUUGCCACAACUGCACAAGAGAAUGGGAACCCAGAAAUCUCCCAUCAGCCUCUCACCGCCAUCACAACACCAAGCACAGAGUCGUCUGCCGUAACUAACUCUCCUAAGUAUGCCUUGGAAACCCCCAACAUGUCUGACCAGGAAGAAUCAGUUCUUCUGACCAAACCCCAUCAGCCCCUCACUGCAAUGCUAAAACCCAGCUCUGACGCUCCAGCUGACCCACAGUCUCCUGCCUCAGCGCCCAAAGCGACAAAAGAAUUACCAGUAAAACCAGUAGAAUCUCCUGCUAAAUGUGACACUGAUGAACCCCAACCCCACCUACCUGUUACUGCCAUGAAAAUAAAACCCAGUCCAGAGGGUCUGUUUGCCACCAAACCUACCCAGUCUCCAGCAUUGGUGCCUAAAGCAGCUGGUCAUCCGACAGCAGAGGCUCCAACAGACGUCACUGAACCCAAGCCGUACUUGCCUCUUUCUGCUAUGAGCAAACCCAACACAGAGUCUUCAUCGUCAGCUACAACAGCAGCAGCCCCCACUCUUUUAGCAUUAACGGACGCUACAGUAAAACCUGGGGAAUAUCCCUUUAAGCGAGUACCAAUUCUCAAGACACCCAGUCCCAGUCUGAAGAGAAGUGUGAGCUUUCCUCAGCCUGCAGAAAAGUUGCUUCCAUCCAAAUCAAUCAUAAAAUCUGGUUUCUCACCAAGUUUGGACAAGAAGGCAACCAAGUCAGGGGGGGUUGAGUUUAAGCAGGAUCUGAUGAAAUCCCAAACGCUUCCACGCUCCAACGGGGCUCAGGCCAAGAGGGCCCUCUUUGAGAGGAUGAACUCAGAGCCCAUAAAACCAAAGGAUUCCAAACCUAAACUGAAGCGCUCUCAGAGUUUUGGCGCGUCCAGUGCCAGUGGUAUAAAACAGAUUCUCCUGGAGUGGUGUCGCUCCAAAACCAUUGGCUAUCAGAACAUAGAUAUCCAGAACUUCUCGUCCAGCUGGAGUGAUGGGAUGGCUUUCUGUGCUCUGGUUCACUCGUUCUUCCCUCUGGACUUUGAUUACAACACGCUGGAUCCUGCAAACCGCAAACACAACCUCCAGCUGGCCUUCACCACCGCAGAGCAGCAGGCUGACUGUCUCCGUCUGAUCGAGGUGGAGGACAUGCUGAUGAUGGGGGACAAGCCGGACCCCAUGUGUGUGUUUACAUACGUCCAGUCCCUCUACAACCACCUGAAGACGUUUGAAUAA